UGGAAGUGAAUCGAUUGUCGCAUGAUCGAACAUCAAAAUAAAGUUUACAUGGACACACCGGACGGAGCGGCUGUAAGUCUGACCCAAACAUGAAUUAAGUCAAAUUCAUGGGCAAGUAGUUUGUCAGGUCAACGAAAUAUAGUGAGCAGGAUGGAGAACAGUGUGAAAGAUACCUUACACUGUGAGGAGCAGCUGAGGACUACACUGUACUGCGAUGACAAGGAGAAGCUUCGUAAGAAGUUGGUGUUGUUGCAAAGGGAAUACCUGAGGACAGCAGAGAGACUUCAGCGUGCCGAGCGUACAGAGGCAGUGAGGAGACAUGUGAGGAGCAGGAUUACCCAGCAGAACCAUCAGGACCAGAGAGAUCGAGAGGUCACACCUGAACCUUGUCAGAUCCCACCUCCACUGAAGCUGGACACGCAGAACAAGAUCACAUCGGAUGUACCUCAGCACCAGGGACCCACUGGAGCAGAUUAUGAAAUGUCCAGGACGAGCCCGGUGAUCAGGUUCCUGCUCCCUUCUGAUGCUGCUUGUCCACAAACUCCAGAUCCUUGCCACGAUGAAGCUAAGAGUCACAGACCCAGUCCUGCCCUGCGCCUGAGGUCACGACGCAGCCGCCUACGCUGGGAGAAGCGGGCUGCUGAGGGCAGCAGGAGCACAGACAACAGUGAGGAAGGACUGGAGCAGAGUGAAAGGACAGAGACUUCCAGAGCAGAAGGAAGCGAAGAGAAAGUCAAUACAGAGGGAAGAGAGGUUGUGAAUGAAAGUGAGGAGCUUUUUUCUGGUGCAGAUUCUGAGUCUCCCUCCCUGCUGCUAACACACUGGAACACAUGUGGACCAACUGAAACAGGAAAUAUGGAGGGAAAAGAGAGACAAGGAGGACAAGAAGAAAAGACUGAAUCAAGAGCUGAAGGGAAAAAAGAAUCAGAGCGGUCCAAUUUGUUGCCCACAUGUGGGAGCCCUGCUAUACACACUGAAGGAAGAGAUGGCUCUCAAAAUAAAAGAAAGGAGACUGAGGGAGGAGAUAAAGGUGAAACUCGCAGAGGAGACAGGAUUGGACAGUUUUGUGAAGACAGCAGUAAUCAAGAUACUGUACAAAAUGCAGCAGAGGGGAUAGAAAGUGAAAAAAGUCAUGAUAAAUCAGUUGAAAUAAAAGAAGAAAAACGUGAGGUGGUUGGAGGAGAGCAUGAUGUAAAGGGAGUGGGUCUCCUGGACUCCUGUACAUUAGUGGAAGGGCUACUUUUUCCAGCAGAGUACUAUGUGCGAACCACAAGACGUAUGACAUCAUCACAGAGCCAACCUGACAUGCAGGCCGUCAUACUCUCCCAGCUGAGCAGCGGACGACCUCGCAGGAGGAGCCGGGGCCGCGGCAGAGGAUUGAACAGACACACACACAACUAUGAGCUUUCAGAUGAACGUUCUGAGGCAGAUUUCUCCUUACUGACAGCUGCAUCCCCAUCUGUAGGACGUCGUAUUGAGUCACAGGUUGCUGACACGCCUGCUGAGCUGAACAGUCCGAGCUCCAGUGAGAUUUCAGAUCAAAUCUCAGCUUGUCAGAUCGAUAUGGACACUAGUUUUUCUCCUACAGUCACCACUGCUCGUCCAGGAAGAGGCAGGAAGAGAAGAGGUAGAGGCAGAGGGAGACCACAGACCCCUCGAUGCGCCCCUCAGCCAGACUUUGGACAAACCUCAGAUGAUCCCCUCCCCACCAGCUCCCCAGUCUCUUCCUUCCCAUCGCUUGAAGGAGCUGAUGGACCAAAGACCUGCAUUACUCCUCAAGAAGCUGUCCCAGUGCCAGAUGACUCCCAGCCUGCAUCCAUUCACAGCACAGCUACACAGCCUUCCUCUGGAGGUAAUAGGGCUCAGUGUAGCUCUGCCUCUGGACAUCAGGUCUAUCCCAUCUUUCUGAAGAGCAGCGGAAGGACGAACAGAUCCUCACAUAUGAGCAGAUGCACAGAAAGCUGGCGAUCUCUCCUCCUGCCCUCCUCUCCACCUGCACAGACGUCUCUGCUUCCUCUGCCUUCUCUGUCUUCCAGCCUGAUGAUAAAUAACCUAAUGAACUUUGACAUCCCACAAGACUUCCAUCUCCCUGAUGACCAGUUUGCCUCCCUAAAGCUGCACAAGCUUCGCCAAGUCGCUGUGGAGUCAGGAGUCGAACAUUUUACUUCUCCAUCUUUCAACACACGCAGGAGCAUCCGGCGCUCUGAGAUUUGCCACAGCAGCGGUGACCCAGUGAUGCCUCUUCCACUCCAGCUCAGCCUCACACCCACAAUUCCUCAUUCAAACAAUCCCAGUGAAGCAAAACACACUUCUACACAAUCCAUAGACCUCCAAAACCUGUCAAGAGAGCACAAGCUCACAGGUAAAUUGACAAGCCAGACUGACACCGUCUCAGCAGAAUCUGUGUCAGUUGUUCAAGAUUGUGUUGCUAACUGUGUCGAUCAGUAUAAAGAGAGUGAUACUGUGAAGGAUGAUGUCAUCAGUAAGUCAGAUGAGCUCAAAAUAAAAGAGUCUUCUGUCACUUCAUCAGAAAAACAACCAGAUUGUCCAGGUUUAGUCCUUCCUUUGGAGGAUCAGGGGUCUACAAAACACCAAAAAGAAGACAAAGCUAUCAUCAAGACUCUUUGCUUUGAGGAGCCUUUUAACACCUGCACCUCUGUACAGACAUGUAAUGGCAGUGAAGCUCCAGGAGGGUCUCCUGUGCAACAUCUGAAUGCAAAAUGUCCUGAUGAAGAGUUAAAGGAAUCCUCAAAAUCUAACACAAGUCCUGCCAGAGUACAUGAAAAUCCACCGCUCCACAGUAUCCACUCCCAGCUCCUGUUGAGCCCUCCUGUGGCAUCAACUCCCUUCAUAACCCCCCACCUGCGCUCCUCUGCCCUCCUCUCCAGCCCCACACUACCCUCACUUGGAUUCACCCCCCACUGUGCUGCCCUUCCCCUGACAUCCUCUCCCUCUGCCCCAGCUAUCACCCUGCCUCCUCCUCAUAGCCCGUCCAUCCAGGCCCUCUCUCCUCCAGCUCUCUCUCCAUGUCCAUCCUUCACUUCCCUCCCUCCUAGCCAACCCCCUACUUCCCCUGCCGGCCAGAUUCAGGCUUCAUCUGAGCAGUCCGAGAGGGUAGAAGUGGUUGAACCGGAUACCAGCGUCCACUCACAGGGCUCAGGCCGUCAGAUGGGCCUGACGAUAGAGGAGACAGUGGAGGAACACACGAUGACAUGCACACACACAUUAAAGGCCCCAGCAGGAGGCUGUCUGGUGGAUGCGUGCUGUCUGCUCGGAUCCUCAGGUGGUUUGUGUGUAGCAGCAGCUGGAAAAUGGGCAGUGUGUCUCUGGAGUCAGACUUCAGCUUCUAAAUGGAGCUUAAUACACACCUGGGCUUUCAGUGAGCCAGUGAUCAAUGUGUUUCCUGUCCCGGAUGCUGCUGGGCUGAUUUGUGUGACUUUGGGUCAGUUAGAAAUCAGAGAAGUGAGGAUGCUGUCGUGCUCCAGCCUCUUGCAGGUGCUGCUCUGUGAUGGACUUGUCCAGGCUGUUGCUGGAGUGUCCAGGUCCAGAGUGGUUACCUCCUCACACUCAGCAUCUGGUUCCACCCUGCAGGUGUUGACGCUGUCCGACAGUGGAAGCACGCAGAGUUGUCAGCCUCUGGUGUCUCCUGGUGUUUGUGUCGGGGCCCUCGCUCCGGUGGACGGACUCUCAGACGCUCUGAUCGGCACAGAUGAGGGAGGAUGCCUCUUUGUCUGGAAUUUGAAGACUGGACAGCUGCUGCAGAGAAUCAGCCUCGGAGAUGGUUUAUCACAUACAGCCUGUCUCAGAGGAUUCUCCUCCUGUGGAGUGUUAUUUGUCCUGCUGCAGCAUCAGUUACUCAGCCCAGAGGAGGAGGAGAAGGAGGAGGAAAGCAAGAAGUCCGCCCUGCUCUCUUUGAUUGCUGUUAACCCUCUGAGUGGAAAAUCUGUCCUGGCUACUCAUCUGUACGCGCCCAAAGCCUGGUCUGGCAGGCUGUGUGAAGCUGAUGUUAACAGAGGCAGCGUGGUGGGUCUGAGUCAGAGCGGUUGUGUGUGUGUGUGGGAGCUCGGGCGUCGCGGGGCCUCCAGGAUGGUGUGGGCUCCUGAGAGCGAAGGCUGGCAGAUGGCUCGAUGGGGGGCAGGAGGUACGCUGCUGACUGGACAUCAUAACGGAGAUGUUACUUUACACUACGAUGGUACGAGUUAGACGUCACUCUUCCAUCAACAAGAGACUCUUUGGUUACUUUUUAAAAAUAGAAACAUCUCUCUGUCACUUUAUGAAUGUUUACAUGAAGAUUUUAACAUGGCUGCGGUUCAGAGACACCUUUUAAAAUCCUUAAAUGUCACAUUUGUUUAUUCUCCCUGAUCCUGAAUGUACUGCAUGGAGGAUUGUGGCCUCUGUUAUCAUUGUAACCUGAGGAAAUUCAGCUGUCAUGUGCAGGAGUGUCUCUGUAACCUCCAUGUCACUGUACUACUAAGUUCAAGACAUUUAAAUACUGUAAACUGUAUAUAUUGAACAAGUCACCGAGCUGCUGCUGCUAAAGGAAAAGAGGCUGAAUUGUUAAAGGUUGAGGGCUUUGAAAUUAUUCUAGUUUUCCUCCAGCCUUUUGAAAAAUUCUCCACUUGUGUUUUUAUAGAGCUGGACUUUUGAUGUUGGAUUUUAACCCCAGUCUGUAAACCACCUUUGAGUUUUACUCCUGUCGUUUUGACUGUUCCUUACUGUGACUGCUUGAAUAUAUUGUUCAUAUUCCUGAUAUUUAAAGAAAAAGAAAUGUUGCCAAAGUUUGUUUUUAUAAUUUACAUUAAACAUUUGUGAAAUCUGUUGUA